AUGUGGUAUAUUCUAACUAAACAUGAACAUCGAUUUAAAUUAUUACUUAUUCAUUUAUUUAUUUCAUAUAAUGGUUUAUUUACAAAUGUGAAUUCAUUGAAUAUAUCAUAUUGGAUCAUUGAUAAUACAAACAUGACUAUUUCACAACAGAAUAAUUCUAGUAUUAAAUCAACAUUAUCAAUUAACAAUUUGAAUACCUCAGAAUGUAUUAGUGAAAAUGAUUCUGCAUUGAUAACAGGGAUAAUUUUUAUUUUAUCAUUAAUUGUUGCAAUAGCUACAGCUGGAGGAAAUUUUCUAGUCAUUUUAGCCGUGAUACUUGUGAAAAAACUUCAAACACCAAGUAAUAUUCUUAUUGGAAGUUUAGCAUUCAGCGAUUUUUUUGUAGCUUUGUUAGUUUUACCGUUUACAAUAAUUGAUGCAUAUCAAGGUUAUUGGCCGUUUAAUGAAGGUUUAUGCGAUAUGUAUAUAUCUUUUGAUGUACUAUUGUGUACUGCAUCAAUAUUAAAUCUUUGUGCAAUUUCGAUUGAUCGGUAUUUAGUUAUCACAAAACCACUGACAUAUGCAAGUAGACGAACACCACAACGUAUGGCUGCUAUGAUAGCUACUGCAUGGAUAGGUUCAGCAUUGAUAAGUAUACCACCAAAUUUUGGCUGGAAAGAGCCAUUUCAAAAAUGUGCCUGCGAGUAUAGUAAAAAUGUUGGUUAUCAGGUGUAUGCAACAUUUUUUGCAUUUUAUCUACCACUUAUAGUGAUGAUUAUUCUGUAUGGUAGGAUAUUCAAAUUGGCUAGAGAAAUGUCACGCAGUGGUCAGUCAAAAAUGACACCAGGCACAUCAUGUAAGUCAACUGAAGUGCCAGAAACUAUAUCAAAUAAUUCACAUUCAGAACCGAUAUUAGAUAAGAAUAUACAGGAAUUACAAAUUACAAGUACAAAUAUAGUUGAAUAUGUACAGUCAGAUGAUGAGCACAUAGUAACUAAUGCAAUUAAUAAUGGUGUGAAAAAAGAUGGAGGUACAAAUGACAUUUGCGAAGCAAUAGAAAAUGAUAAAAGAUUAAACUCUUACUCAUCAAGAAAACUAUUGACUGAUUCUAUGAAUUUAACCAAUGAAUUGUCCAGAGAAGCUCAUGGAAGAAGAUCUCGUGGGAAUUCUGACACUAAAGUAAUUAAAACGCUUGGAGUUAUAAUGGGAUGUUUUUGUCUUUGUUGGCUUCCAUUUUUUAUGAUACAGCUACUUUUGGCCCUUUUAAGUGCAGCUGGUUACAACACUGCAAACAUGAUUCCAGUUAGUGUGUUCCGAUUUUUGCAAUGGUUAGGUUACGUGAACAGUUUUCUAAAUCCACUUAUAUAUGCCAAAUUUGAUCGUGAAUUUCGUGGUCCUUUUAAAAUGAUACUUCUGUGCCAUUGUCGUAAUAUUAAUGCACGAUUACGUGCAGUUCAUUAUUCUGCCCAAUAUGGUCUACCAAGUUCAUCAAGUAAACGUCAAAGUAUUGUUGUACCUUCACUUUAUACACGUAAUGAUAUGGCUUCAAGAUGUCUAGGGCAGUCUGUAAAUCAGAGAUGUUCUAGUGCCGUGCCCAUAAGGCCACGUCGAAGACCUCAAAUGAAUUUCAGAAACGCUAUUUCAGGGCGAACGGAUGAAAGAUAAUCCUUUUUUCAUAAUUUUUACAUGUCUCGAAAUUCGACAUCAUAUGGAAUAAAGCUCAUAGUACAUACAUAUACAUACAUAUACGCAUAUAUACGUAGAUAAGUGGAUGAUUGGGAUCAUUUUUUUUACACAAAACUAUCUACUUUUUAUUCUUUAUUUGUACAUUGUGAUCUACUUAACAGUUUUCUCCCAAUCUGUUCAUCAUUUUUACAUUUUAAAAAAAAACAACAGAAAAAUGUUUUUGAAAAGAAAACAAAUUCACUAUAAUAUUUUAUCUCCAAUGAAAUACUAUUCACCAAGCAUACUAAACUAAUUUUAUUUAUUCUCAAAGAAUCAACUUCAUAUUUUUUCUAAGUAACAAGACAGUGUUUACAGAUGUAUUUUUUUCUCUUUUGUAAAUUUUCUUCUUGUUUGGUUUAUCACAUACUUCUUCUUUGUUGCUUUUUUUUCUACUUCAAACUAGUCACAUGUAAUAAGCGCUAAUUUUGUAAAUCAUGUUGAAAUUGUGUAUUAAUUAAUGUACAAAAGAAAAAUAAGAUCAAAUAAAAUAACAUAGCACUGG